AUGAACGUCACAAAAGAAGAUGGCGGCUCCCUGUGGAAGGAUGGCGAGCCUGCCUCUGAAACGUUAUUUCUUCUGUUUUGGGAGGACCCCGGUGGCGAACUGUAUGUUUCGUUCGUUUUCUAACAGCUCGCAUUACUGUUCAAUUUUGCGGAAAAAAUUAGCACCGGAAACACCGCGUUCCCCGUGGACUCUGAUGGCUGCGGUGUGUUUGCAGCGACCGCCGGUCAUCUCGGCGGACCUGAAUCCGCUGGAGCAACGCUUUGCUCGCUUGAUGCAGCAGAUGGAAGUGGAGAAUAGCAUACUGUCUGACCACGAGCUGCGUCUACUGGAGGACGCAGAGAAGCUGAGGAGAAAGCAGGCCAACGACUAUGACUACGACGAGGACGAAGACGACCCGAAGGGGCAAGACAUCGUACUUACGCAAGACCUGGAAGAUGAGUGGGAGCGCAAAUUCAAAGCAUUCAGGCCUGCUCCCAGAGUCACAGAGGAUGUGGAUAAGAACCUGAGCUCGUUGGGGCGCCUCCUGGCCGACUCGCUGGUGCUGCUGUCCGAGCAGCGGGUGGGAGACGACAAGCUGUGGCUGCUGCCCCAGGCCGAGUGGCGCCCGGGAGAGACGCUGAGGGACACAGCUCAGAGGGCGCUCGACUCCCUCACAGAGCCCGCCCUCAAGGCCACCUUCUUGGGCCAGGCACCAUGCGGCGUGUACAAGUACAAGCUGCCCAAAGACGCCCGCAGCGACACCUUGGUGGGCACCAAGGUUUUCUUUUUCAAAGCCAUGCUGACGACGCAAGACGCAGCAACUAAUGUGGAGCCCAAUGGCGCCCUCAUGUGGCUAAACAAAGAAGAACUGCGGGGCUUCCUGAAGCCGGCCUACAUGAUGAAGGUGGAGCGCUUCAUUCUGGACCUCUGAGUUGGAUUAUUAGGUUUGAUGCCAAUGGUUUUACUGUUAGCAGGUGUACCUAAGCAAGUGUUUUUGUUCUUUUCGUUGUACAAAUAAAGCAUUUUUUCUUUCA